AUGCACCAUGAUUGCACACUGCCCAUUGUUCACCGAGACAUUUCUAGCAACAAUGUUCUGAUUGAUGAGGAGUACAAGGCUCGUGUUUCAGACUUUGGCAUUGCCAAGCUUUUGAAGCUAGAUUCCUCUAACUGGAGUGCAUUUGCAGGCACAUACAGAUAUGUUGCACCAGAGCUUGCUUGCACGAUGAAGGUAACUGAAAAGUGUGAUGUUUAUAGCUUUGGUGUGUUGGCACUGAAAGUGAUCGAAGGAAAGCAUCCGGGAGACUUCAUCAUGUCCCUGUUGACCCCAGCUGUUGAGAGCAUACAACUAAAGGAUGUGUUGGACCAACGCCUUUCACUUCCCUCCCCUGAAGUUGAUGAGAGCAUCACCUAUGUGCAUAGAAUUGCUGCCCAUGAAAAUGCAUAG